AUGUUCAACUUCAUUCACACUCACAUCGCUCCUUCUGUAGCACGUUCUUCUUUCCGCCUCGCCUCCACUACCACCACCACCACCACCACCACGCGUACCAUCACGCCUGCUCUAACCCGUGGUCUCCGUUCAUUAGCAGAACUCGAAACCAUGACGACCGGGCAACCCUCCGCCGCUAUUCCUUCCGCUGCUUCGGCUUCGGCAUCGGCAUCGGCCUCGAUCCUCCCAACCAAAAUCCGUCCCAAGCAACCAGCUUCGGCUCUCCCCCCACCCUCCAUCAUCCUAACGCUCUCCGGCCCUGAUGGUCCAGGCAUCGUCCAUCGAAUCUCGGGCUUUCUCGCGCGACGAAACAUGAACAUCAUGGAUUCGGCUCAAUUCGGUGACCCGUCCACCGGCACUUUCUUUAUGCGUGUACAUGCUUCCGAACCUGAUCCCGAAAACGGAUCUUCUCAUCCGGAUCCUCAUUCGCCCGAUUAUGCGCAGAAUAGAAGUGCUUUCCUCGCCAAGGUGAAAAGGGAGUUCGAAGAGGAAUUUGCUACAGCUGCCGAGGUGUCGGUCAAGAUUUUCGGCGCUGAAGAGAAGCCACGUACGCUUAUUAUGGUGUCUAAAAUCGGACACUGUUUGAACGAUCUUCUGUUCAGGUUGUCGAACAAUACGCUUCCCAUUACCGUUCCCCUGAUUAUCAGCAACCAUGCUGACUACGAACCUCUGGCGCGUGCAAAUGGAAUUCCUUUCUACCACCUCCCCAUCAACGCUGCCGAAGGAAAGACGAAAGAAUGGCAAGAGAGCGAGACAGUAAAACUCGCCAAAGAAUACGGCAUAGAAAUGAUCGUUCUAGCACGAUACAUGCAAAUCCUCUCUCCGCAGUUGUGCUCCUUGUUCAGCGGGAGGAUCAUCAACAUCCACCACAGCUUCUUGCCGAGUUUCAAGGGUGCCAAGCCGUAUCAUCAGGCAUUUGAAAGGGGAGUCAAGUUGAUCGGUGCAACAGCGCAUUUUGUGACAAAGGAUUUGGAUGAAGGCCCGAUUAUUGAACAAGCCGUCGAAAGGGUUGGGCAUGCAAUGACUCCAGCCGAUUUAGUGCAGGCGGGUAGCGAUGUUGAGGCCAGAGUACUGGCUAGGGCGGUCAAGUGGACUGCCGAGAGAAGGGUCCUCUUGAAUGGAGGCAAGACUGUUGUUUUCAACUAG